UCUGCCUGCAUGUAUGUCUACAUGCCAGACGAGGACACCAGAUCUCAUUAUAGAUGGUUGUGAGCCACCAUGUGGUUGCUGGGGAUUGAACUCAGGACCUCUGGAAGAACAAUCAGUGCUCUUAUCCACUGAGCCAUCUCUCCAGCCCCCCAUACUCUUGAUAAGGCUUGAAGACAGGGCCCAACCAAACAAGGACCGAAGUUAGGAACAAAGUGGUCUCCAUCUCUGAGGAGGCUUCUCUCCAGUUGGAGGCGGGGCUUUGAUCGAUGAGAGGGGACUGGAACCUCUGGGAGUCAAGUGGGGUAUCGCCCUGAGCUGGAAUUGCUGCCCCAUAAAACAGAAUGGUGUGUGUCAUCACUGGCUCCUUCUCAGACCUGUCUUCCUCCCCGGGUUGCUAGCGUCCCCCCUGGGGGACCAAACUGGACUGAGCACCCCAUGGCCUGCUUCCCAGCCUCUGACAGGGCAGUCUGAGUCAGGCAAGAGUGGGACAGUCAGAGAACUAUGCCCCCGCCCUCUGUGAGCCUUGCUCAUACAUGACGGCAGGCGGCUCGGGAGGGACAGGUGACCUGACGUGGGGAACCGGAGAGUAAGGUCUCAGACAAGUGUCAACAGGCCACCAACUUGAAAGGGAAAAUUGUGCUGUAAUGGGGAAGGUGUCCAACAGACCGACUGGGUGACUAAUUACCAAGGCUGGGCUGAAGCUUCAGAGGCCACUCGUUAAACACUCCAUUAAGUGGCACCCUGAAAUGCCACCUGCGCAUUCCGGGUGUUCAGAGGGGACCUCGAAGGAGAACAAGGACCAAGGGAUGGAACCAUCUUUGGGCAGACUCAGGAAGAAGUCUAGCUCUUGAUUCCAGAUAAUGGCUCCCAGGCCAGAGGCCUCAAUGGGAGAAAAGUCAGAAGAAACAGGGAGCUGGCAGCUUGUGACCCUAAAAGCAGUUUCUCCUCUUGAGACUUGAUGUUUCUACCUCUGCAGUCCUACAGAGCCAUCAAGGGGAUUAUAUCAGAUCAUGGCUGCUAAAGUGUUUGGGAAACUGUAUAGUCCUGCCUACACAUGAAUUCUCACCGGAACCAUCCCAGCCCUCUGUACCAGCUCAUUGGGCUCUGCCCAGGCUAAAGAAGCCCAGUGGCUGAAGCCAUCCUUAUGCCUGGAAGGACCCCCUGAAAGACAAUCUGAUUCGGUGAUCUAGAAUGUUCCUGCAACUCUGCUCUGAACAGCAGGGGGCAGUCUGGAAGCCUGAAGGAUGCCUGUUCAGGUGGGACCCAUGGCCAGGUUUCUCCUGCUGACUGUCCUGAUGACUCACCCCAUCACAUCCCAGCCCUUUUACCUUUAAGGAAGAGCCGGAAAGGGUGUGGAGAAGAGGAGGAGGCAGGGCCCAGGCCCGCCCAGGCCACUCCCAACCCCUCUCCAGGCCGUGCCACCCAAGCCAAAAGGCAGACCCAGAGCAAGAGAGGCACAGAAUCCAGCAUUGGUCUCAAGGCAGCCAAUUCACCUUCCUGUCUGUCCCCGGAGUCAUGGAGAGAGCCAGUCUGAUCCAGAAGGCCAAGUUGGCAGAACAGGCGGAACGCUAUGAGGACAUGGCGGCCUUCAUGAAGGGUGCCGUGGAAAAGGGUGAGGAACUCUCCUGCGAGGAGCGAAAUCUGCUCUCCGUGGCCUAUAAGAAUGUGGUGGGCGGCCAGAGAGCGGCCUGGAGGGUCCUGUCCAGCAUCGAACAGAAGAGCAAUGAGGAGGGGUCGGAAGAGAAAGGCCCCGAGGUGAAAGAGUACCGGGAGAAGGUAGAGACAGAGCUCCGAGGUGUGUGCGACACCGUGCUGGGCCUGCUGGACUCCCACCUCAUCAAGGAGGCUGGAGAGGCAGAGAGCCGCGUCUUCUACCUGAAGAUGAAGGGUGACUACUACCGCUAUCUGGCCGAGGUGGCCACCGGCGAUGACAAGAAGCGCAUCAUCGAUUCUGCCCGGUCGGCCUACCAAGAGGCCAUGGACAUCAGCAAGAAGGAGAUGCCGCCCACCAACCCCAUCCGCCUGGGCCUGGCCCUGAACUUUUCUGUCUUCCACUACGAGAUAGCCAACAGCCCCGAGGAGGCCAUCUCACUGGCCAAGACCACCUUCGACGAGGCCAUGGCUGAUCUGCACACUCUCAACGAGGACUCCUACAAGGACAGCACCCUCAUUAUGCAGCUGCUGAGAGACAACCUGACGCUGUGGACAGCCGACAGUGCUGGGGAAGAGGGUGGAGAGGCUCCAGAGGAGCCCCAGAGCUGAAGCAGUCUGCUCCCUCCCCGCCCUGCCUUGCCCUCCGGUCCCCAGUCUGCAGAGAGGACUAACAGGGAGUGAGAUCGGGCCCUUCCCAAACCCUGAAUGUUCUGCCACACCCUGAAACGCUCCCUGGAAGGGGUGCAGCCAGGCUGACAGGGGCUGGAGACCCCACUCUUCAUGCAGCUGUCUGGUGGGUGUUCCUAACACUGCCCACCCCCGCUCUCUGCACCCCAACUUCCUUACACUGCUCCUGAACCUGUCCUCUGCCCUGUGCCUCCUUCUGUACCUGUUGCUUCUAGAGCCUAGGAAUCGAGGAGGCUCCCACCACUGUGGCUGAGAACUGGACUGUGGCAAGGGCUGUGAGUGUGUGUGUGUGUGUGAGUGUGUGUGUGAGAGUGUGUGUGUGUGUGUGUGUGAGAGAGAGAAUGAGAA